AUGGAAACGCAGUUAAGACGCUCUAGUAGGAAAACUCGUGGAGCCAUACCAAAGCGAUUGGAAAGUUUCGUUGUUGAGAUUCACAAGCACAACACUAUGAUACGUACUCCACAAAAUCAGAAUAAGCAGCUAGGAGGGAAAAAUUCAGAUGAACUACCCGAAGCUUCGAAACCUGAGUUACAUUCGAGUAAAACUCGUUCAUCAGGAAGCAGUAGAACUGACAGCCAAAUCAAAUUCUUGGAACUGGAAGAAAACAAUGAAGAGGUUGAAUUACAAGCAUCCAUCGAGCGAGAUAGAAUCGUAGCUGAGAAGCAACUUGCGGAACUACAGAUCAAGCAUGAUCUGGCACUGAAAACGGAACAACGAAAGGCUGAAUUUCUGAAGCGAAAAUGUGAGCGUAACCAGAAAAGAAUUGAAUUACUGUCUAAUUCUAGUAGUAAAUCGACUAGAUCGAGUAUUUAUACUAACACAUCCAAACGUGUCGUGGAUUGGAUUACUGAUUCAGAAAAGGUAAAACCGUAUAAUGUAUAUGAAGAAUCGUCCUACCAAAUGGAUCAUCCGCGUUCACGAGAUUACGGUGAAAAGAACAUACCGACUCAUGACCGUAAGAACGUGUCGGCAAUCGAUGCAAUGAAUACAGAUACAACUGAACCUAGUACAAAUGCGCUUUUAUGCCAAGCGUUCAAGGCACUGCAAACCAGAAACCUGAAAGAUUUGCCUCCAUUUUCCGGUGAUGUAAUGGAAUGGACAGUUUUUGCAAAUGAAUUCAAAACAUCCACUGAAGAGUUUCAUCUAUCGGAUCGUGAUAAUCUGAGGCGAUUGAAUAAGGCGUUACAAGGAAAAGCGCGCAAGGCUGUAGAAUCGUUGCUGUCAUCUCCAGAAAAUGUUGCUCAGAUUUUACGAAUGUUAAAGUCAAAUUUCGGCCGCACUGAAUGGGUGGUAGCAAAUAGGCUUGAAGCACUAAAGAACCUGGAGCCAGUUAAGGAGGGUAAUAUUGAAUCUUUUCGUAUGUUUUACAAUGUGAUCAUCGGUACCAAAGUGGCGAUGACUAACGCGAAAGCGGAUUGCUAUCUAAUGAAUCCAGAACUAGUUUCUCAUCUGGUUGAAAAGCUACCUGCCUUUAGUAAACAAAUGUGGAUUCGGCACAAAGCUGCUUUGAUAAAAGAGGGUGUGGCUAUUGAUUUCAACACCUUUUCUCGUUGGUUGGAAGAUGAGAUGGACAAUCAGCUUGCGAGUCUAAACCCUGUGUUUAGUGCAAAGAAAACCAGUUAUCCGCCAAAAAUGAAACCGGUAGUGUUGAACGUCAACUGUCCUGAUGGUGAAACAGCGAAAAGAUGUCCUUUGUGCUCAACACACUCUCACGUCGGUUUGGAUAAGUGCGAUGAGUUUCGUAAAAUGUCUGUGGCUCAGCGUCGAUCAACAGCAAGUUCUUGCAAGGUUUGCUACAUUUGCCUUAAGUCAAAUCACUCUAGGAAAAACUGCAAUUCCGAGAAAAAAUGCACUAUAUGCAAGAAGAAUCAUCACGAGUUAGUUCACUCUAAUGAGCCCGUUAGAUAUUCAAAGUAUAGCCGUACAGAUACACAAAAUAGUCAAGAUAAUGUGUGUAAUAUUAACGGUAAAAACGUGAAUACGCUUCUUCGAGUAGGAAGAAUAAGAAUCAGUGGCCCAAAAGGAGUCAAAAAAGUAUUCGCGCUGUUUGAUGAAGGUUCAUCUCUGUCAAUGAUGGAUGCUGCGAUUGCAGAGAGUAUUGGAUUGCGAGGACCGAUUUCUCCCGUGACUUAUCGUUGGACAAAUGGUAUUUUGCACAAGGAAGAUCAGUCUAUGAGAUUGUCUUUCCGUAUUUCGGGACCAUCAGAGCAAGCAAAAUGGUAUGAAGUGAGCAAUAUCAGCACGGUACAAAAUAUCGCUUUACCCCCAGUAAAAUUUGACGUAGCAACGGUGAAGCGGUUAUAUCCAAUGCUGGAUGACGAUAAGUUAGCUGCUAUCCAAGAUGCUUGUCCCUGUAUGCUGAUUGGAUCGAAUAAUGCGGGUUUGAUUGUACCACUUAAGACAGUGCAAUAUUCGCUAGAUGGUUUACAGUUGACUCGUUGUCAUCUGGGAUGGACAAUCCAUGGAGUAAUAGAUCCAUCGAAAGUUGAAUCAAAUAGACAUCAUGCAUACCUGUGUUCAGAAGAUGAUGACAUCGAGCUUACUGAUUUGGUUAAACAAAUGUAUAAAGUCGAAAACUUUGGGAUUUCUGAAAAGUUGACAAAAAUAGCUGAUGAAGAUCUGCGUGCGCUGGACAUCAUGAAUCGUAGUAUCACACGACGUAGUGAACGUUUCGAAAUAGGUCAAAUAUACAAGUACAAUAAUUUCGUUUUCCCAGAUAGUAAACCUCAGGCUUUGAGACGUUUACAAAUAAUUGAGAAAAAGAUGGAUACGAAUCCUGAUUUUGCUGAACGGUACUGUGGAAAAAUUCAAGAUUAUAUUGAUAAGGGGUACGCUCGGAAAUUAGAGCCUGAAGAAUUGGUUGAUACAUCAAACACAUGGUAUCUGCCUCAUUUUAGCGUAGAGACUGCUGAAAAGUUUCGUUUAGUUAUGGAUGCUAAAGCAAAGUCACAUGGAUUUUCUCUGAAUGAUUUGCUGUUAAAGGGCCCUGAUUUCGUUCCACCUUUGAUUGCGAUUUUGAUUCGCGCCAGAAUGAAGAAGAUUGCUUUCAUCGCCGACAUUAAGGAAAUGUUCCACCAAAUUCUUAUUCGUAAAGCAGAUCAGGAUUCUCAACGUUUUCUGUGGCGUGGAAUGAACCGUACGGAGCCCCCUGAUACAUACGUUAUGAUGGUAAUGAUAUUUGGUGCAAUUUCGUCCCCAUCAAUGGCACAAUUCAUAAAGAACUUCAAUGCAAAAGAACUAGAUGAGAAGUUCCCUGGCGUUGAGCGAGCUAUAAUCAAGCAACAUUAUGUGGACGAUUAUUUCGAUUGUGCUGAAACUGAAGAAGAGGCGAUCAAGCUAGUUCAAUCUGUAAUAAAGGUACAUGCACAAGGAGGAUUCAGGCUAGUCAAAUUCGCGUCAAAUUCCACAGCGUUGUUAGAUUCACUUGAUCCUGAAAUACUUGCUGAUAAGAAACUGGAAAAUGCUCGUGUUCUUGGAAUACAAUGGGACCUGAAAUCUGAUGAGUUCGUUUUUCCAUUAAGAUUUCCCAAAUUUGAUGAAUCAUAUCGGAUUGGUGAAGCCGUGCCUACGAAGCGAACGUUGUUAAAGUUUAUGAUGAGCAUAUUUGACCCACUUGGUAUACUGGGUCCGAUCACUAUCCAACUGAAGAUUAUAUUUCAAGAAUUGUGGAGGUUACAGUCCGGUUGGGAUGAUGAAAUUCCUGACGGAUUAGUUCCCAGGUGGAUUGAAUGGUUGAAUCAAACAGCGAGGCAAGAAGAAGUCAGAAUUCAAAGAUAUUAUUUUCCGGCGAUAUCGUCAUUUGCUGAGGUAGAGCUGCACGCAUUCUGUGAUGCGAGCGACAAGGCUUAUGCUUGUGUUAUCUACAUGGUUCACCGCCGAGAAGAUCAGUCACACAUUGCUUUAGUGUACGCAAAAUCAAGAGUGGCGUCGCUGAAACCGCAAACUGUACCACGGUUGGAACUGCAAGGAUGCGUUUUAGCAAGCCAAAUGAUGCUUGUGCUGCAAUCAGAAAUGAUGAUAAACCUUACUAAGAUGUAUUUCUGGACCGAUUCAAAGAUCUGCUUGAGCUGGUUGAAAACGAGUCAGAAGUUGACGGCAUACUGUAUCAUGACUGACAACGGGACCAACUUCACCGGUGCUGACCAAGAACUAAAGAAACUAGUGAAGUCACUGGACCAUCCAGAGCUAGAACAAUCGUUGAGUGUCAGAGAUGAUCCCUUGGAUCCUGAACCGUUAACCCCAAACAUGUUACUACUGGGACGUAACAACACGAUACAAUUCGAUCACGACUUCGAUGAACGAGAUCUGAGCUGUCGGGCAGCCUACAAACAUUCUCAAAUAUAUGCGGAUCGAUUUUGGCGAAGAUGGGUAACAGCUUAUCGUCCGGAGCUGAUUCGGAGUCGCAAGUGGCCCGAUAACAGGAGUUAUCAUGAAUAUAAAGUUGGCGACAUCGUGCUAAUAGUUGACGAAAAUUUACAUCGUGGUAGCUGGCCAAAAGGAAUUAUCGAAAAGGUGUAUCAAGGUCCAGAUGGGAAAGUUAGAACAGUGUUGGUCAGAACAACAAAGUCAAUCUACAAACGACCUGUGUGUAAGAUAGUUCUACUGCGGCCCAUCAACUCGGUUCCUGGCCCGGAGAAUGUUGGCAACACUGCAAGCAGUACGAGUUUUACGCAAGCAUUUCUGGUAACCGAUGCUGUUUCGUUGUUAUGCGAACAUGUUCCCGUGGAAACAAAUAAACAGAACACAGGAGGCAAGGAGAAAUAA